AUGCCUUUAGAAACUUUAGAAAAUAAAAAUUUGGUUAGUCAGAGAAAUUUUCUGGAUGAUAAUUUACGUUUAGAAGCUUUAACUCAUAAAUCUUUUCAUUACGAAAAUCCUUCAAACGGACCUCAUAACGAACGAUUAGAAUUUCUCGGUGACUCGAUUGUUUCUUUUGUUGUAGCAAAUUAUUUGUUUGGUAGAUUUCCUCAUUUCAAAGAAGGUCAACUAACUCUACUAAGAGCUAACCUCGUUUGUAAAAAAAAGUUAGCACAGUUUGCACUUCAACUUGGAUUAGAUAGUGAGAUAAGACUUGGUGUGGGAGCUUUAAGGGAUGGAGGAAGAGCAAGUGAAAAGGUAUUGGAGGAUGCUUUCGAAGCAUAUAUCGGUGCCGUAUUUUUAGAUUCUGGUUCAAGCUUGUAUGCCGUUCAAGAAUUCAUGGAACCUUUGCUGACACCAGCCGUUGAUAAACUUACACAUCACCGUCAUAUUCAUAAUUCUUCAAUAUUGGGAUCUUCUGAUUAUAUCCUUCAUUCAGAUUUGCAGGAUCCAAUUAACAAACUCCAAACAUGGUCUCAAAGAAGAGGAUUAGGAAUACCUGUCUAUGUACCGUUUUGUGUUGAAGUUAUUAUAAAUGGUAAACGUUAUGGAUGUGGUCAAGCAAGAAAUAAAAAAGAUGCAAAGAAAGAUGCUGCCAUCAACGCACUUAAAUUGAUUACAAUGACUAGAAAUGAAUCAAAUUCUCCUCUUCCUCAUCAAAAUGCUCAUUACAAUCAUCCUUCUUCUCAUCAUCAAAAAUCUCAUCGUAUAAGCUUGGCAAAUAAUUUUUUUCUGGUUAAUCCAGGCGCCACACAAGCAACCACCAUUAGAUUGUUUAAUUGA